UGUCUCCUUUUUCUUCCAUUCUUCAACUCAACCAAAUUCCACAUUUUCCUAUUCUCUUGACAAUAUCUUUCUCUCUCUCUAAUGGAGUUAGCUUUGAGCUUAGGAGGGGAUACCCAAAAACCAUUUUCCUUUCUUGAAAAAUCUACUAAUAAUUCUUCAUCACAUGAUCUAAGAUUCUGCAUGGGUUUAGGAAAGAGCAAUAAUACUCAUGAAAAUGAAAAUAAUGGAGGAAGAAAAAUAUUGCAUCUUGAUCUUCUGCCUCUUUCUGCAGUUCCCCUCAAUCAAAUGCCUUCACAGAUUCCUUUCCCUUGGCUCUCUCAAAAUAUAGCAGCUGAACCGGGUUUAACAAAUGGAGCGGCAGGAAAGGUGUUGGACAUGAACCGGCGGCCAAUAAUAGUGGCAGAGGAGGCUGAAGAAGGAGCAGACCUCUCAUCUCCGAACAGCAAUAGCGCAGUCUCAAGUUUUCAGAUGGAAUUUUCAUCAAUAUACAGAAAUGGAAUCAGCAGAUCAUUAAUAGGAAAGAGAGAUCAUUCUGAAGGAGGAGUUAGUGAUGAAGAUGAAAAUAAUAAUGGUUUAGCUAGAAAAAAACUGAGACUUACUAAAGAACAAUCUGCUUUUCUUGAAGAAAGUUUCAAAGAACAUAACACUCUCAAUCCUAAACAGAAGCUUGCUCUGGCAAAGCAAUUAAAACUUCGUCCUAGACAAGUAGAAGUUUGGUUCCAAAACAGAAGAGCGAGGACGAAAUUGAAGCAGACAGAACUAGAUUGUGAAUAUUUAAAAAGAUGUUGUGAGACACUGACAGAAGAGAAUAGGAGGCUACAAAAAGAGCUUCAAGAAUUAAGAGCUUUGAAAUUUUCCCAACCUUUGUACAUGCAACUUCCUGCCACCACUCUCACUAUGUGUCCGUCUUGUGAGCGCGUCGCCACCACCACCGCCGCGGCCGUCCCUACAGCCGCUGCCACGGCCACGGCCGAUGCCGACGCCACGAACACGACGCUUUCUUUGGCAAAGCCCAAUCUCUUCCCAUUUCCACCUGCACAAGUUCAUGCUCCUCAGGCUGCUUCAUAAGUUUGCAAGUUUAGUGACCCAUAGUUAGUUUUGUACAUAAUUCGGAUUUUGACAUAGGUCAUGAUUCUUGGUUGUGAUUUGCCACUAAUGAUUCUUUUUUAUUUUCUUUAAUUAAUUAUACUCUACUGUUUACGGUGAGCUUUGAACUAAGGAUGAAGUUUGAGAAAGUGUAGUUUGACUAGGAAUUUAGAUGAUAAGGAAAAAGACUUGUUGUA